CCCACUGCGCAUGUCAGGGAUUAUAGCUGUGUUUACCAAACCGAAGUUGGUUCCGUAUUCGUCGUUUACCAAAGCUUUAAUCUCUUUGACAUAAGAAAGAGCCGGCAGCACGAUGGCAGCGGCGGCCCCGAACCCGGAGGACUCAGCCAGGAGCAGCGUUACCGGCGGCACCAGCACACCCAGCGCCCUUGCCGGAGACGGGGACGCCGAGGAGUCCGAGGACUUCACCUCCUCCUCCCACUGCUCAGAGCUGUCUCGGCGGCAGAACGAGCAGCGGAAGCAGGGCUUGUUCUGUGACGUGACGCUGGCCUUCAGCAGCGGGGCGGCUAGCGGGAGCGUGCAGAGCUGCGAGUUUUCAGCCCACAGGUCCGUCCUGGCUGCGGCCACAGAUUAUUUCACCCCCCUGCUGGGAGGACAGUUCUCCGAGUCCCUGUCCGGACGUGUAGAGAUGAAGGAAUGGAGCUCAGAGCUGGGGCCAGACCCGGAUACGGUGCAGAGUGUCAUCCAGUACAUGUACACAGGGGAAAUACGCGUUAGCACCUGCAAUGUACAUGAAGUAUUGGAGCUAGCUGACAGGUUCCUCUUGUUGCAGCUGAAGGACUUCUGUGGGGAGUUCCUCAAGAAGAAGCUGAGCCUGACCAACUGCGUGGCGGUGCACAGUCUAGCCCACAUGUACACCUUGGACCAGCUGGCUCUACGGGCUGCAGACAUGAUCCGUCGCAACUUCCACAAGGUCAUCCAGGAUGACGAGUUCUACACGUUGCCCUUUCACCUGGUUCGUGACUGGCUGUCGGAUGCAGAGAUCACAGUGGAUUCUGAGGAGGUGCUUUUUGAGGCUGUGGUGAAGUGGGUGCAGAAGAACCCAGAGGACCGCAGCCGCUACUUUGAGGAGCUGUUCCGUCUCCUGAGGCUGCCUCAAAUCAAGCCCACCUAUCUGACCAGGGUGGUGAAAACUGAGCUGCUGGUGUCCAGCAAUGAGGCCUGCCUACGGCUGGUGUCAGAGGCCGUGGAGGGUCACGCUAUUCGCUUUGAGAACCUCAAGUCAACGGAUAUGGAGUUCUGGUCUUCCCACAUGGCCUCCUUUCAGCCUCGCUUUGGCCAGAAUAUGGAUGUAAUCAUGGUGGUAGGCGGUGUGUCAGAAGGAGGGGACUACCUGAGUGAGUGUGUGGGCUACUUCAUUUAUGAGGACCGUUGGGUCAACCUGCCUCACAUCCACAACCACUUGGACGGCCACGCCAUCGCCGCCACAGAGUCCCACGUCUACGUAGCUGGUUCUAUGGAGCCUGGCUUCGCUAAGACCGUAGAGCGGUACAAUCCUAAUCGCAACACCUGGGAGCAGGUGAGCAACCUGACCACACGCAAGCACUCAUUUGGCCUCACCUGUAUAAAAGAUAUACUGUACAGCAUCGGUGGCCAUGGUAACUUCAGUCCAGGUUUCAAAGACGUCAGUAUAUACGAGCCAGAGCAGGACAAGUGGCACAAUCUGGAAUCAGCUCCCAAAAUCCUGCGGGAUGUGAAGGCAGUGAGUGUGGAGGACCGCUAUGUGUACGUCAUGGCACGCACACCUGUCGAUACGGAUAAUGAGGAUGGACUAAAGACGGUGACCACGCGCUAUGACACAGAGAGCCGCCAGUGGCAAGACGUUGACUCCUUGCCACUUAUUGACAACUAUUGCAUCUUCCAGAUGGCUGUGGCUUCUACUAACUUCUACCACACGGCCUCCUGCUGCCCCAAGAGCUACACGGUGCGGGAUGAGGUUGCCAAGCAAAAGAUCAGUGGGCACAUCUCUGAUGAGAUCCUGGAGAGCCUGCCACCAGAGGUCACCAGCAUCGAGGGUGCUGCCAUCUGCCACUUCGAUGAGGACGUCUUCAUCAUCGGAGGCUGGAAGAACAGUGACGAUGUGGACAAGCAGUACCGCAAGGAGGCUUACCGCUACUGUGCAGAGAGGAAACGAUGGAUGCUGCUGCCGCCCAUGCCUCAGCCUCGCUGCCGAGCCACCGCCUGCCAUGUUCGUAUCCCCUAUCGCUUCCUGUACGGCUGCCAGCGCUACCCCAUGCCCCAGAACCUGGCCCGCCAGCGAGACCGCAUGCAGCAGAUGCAGCAGCUUCACCGGCGCACGCUCACCUUACGCCGGCAGCUCCAGUCACAGAUAGAGUGCUGAGCAAGUCGGCGGAUGCUUAAUUUAAAAACGACAUGAUUUAGCGGAGGAUACACUGCAAACAUUAUCUCCAUUAAAGCCAUCUUCAUUGACUCCCUCUCAUUCAUAACAUCCUGCAGUGGGUCUUGUUUGGCUAUCAUACUGGAUUACAUGAAACUGAACUCGUGCCAUCAGCUCCCAUGCUGUGUUGUGUCGUGUUAAUGGCUGAUUUGUGGAAAGCCGUGAAGUGUUUAGACAGAUGUCUGGUGGUCUGUGAGGAGGAACAAGGGGAAUGUAAACAUGUGAAUAAGAGUGUUAUAUACUAUAGCAGCCAACAACUGAAAAUCCCUUUGUCAAUGUUGGCAUGGGUGCCGUUUAUCUGUUUGUACAUACAUAGGGUAAAGCUGUAUAUGUAAACAUUUAUAUGGAUAUUUUACAUUCCUUAAUGGUAUGCCUGUACUAGGUAGGCUAUGUGACAUUGCCAAUAACUGCAUUCCUACAUUCAAUCCAACUCGCUUAAUGAAGUCUCAUUCCAUUUUAACACUGUGACAAUCUCCUCAUGCAAGUAGUACAUCUGUCCAAAUGUCUUACAUCUAACUUAUAUAUCAUGACUGCUUUAUUAGAACUGCUCUGCUUGUUAAAGUGCAGCCUCAACAAUUACAUGUUAAUUCCUUAAGAAAGGCUGUCAAAAUCCCAUAGACUAGUUUACUUUUGGAUUACAGUUUCCCUUCAACGUUUGUACCGAGUGUGUCUAAUAUCAAUUCAUUUGUGUUGCUCAUCUAAUAUUUGAAAACUAGUCAUUUAUCUCAUGGUUUCUGAGGUGGGGAAAUGAUGAGAAAACUGUGAUGUUGAAAAGAUGUGAUAAGAUUGAAUGAAGCGAAUCCCUUGAUUUAUCUUAACGUUUAAUAUAUAUUUAGCCACUGCGUUUGGUGUCCAUCACUGGCAAUGGCUCAAUCAUUCCUUUCAUUUGCACUUUGGAAAUCCAUUGCUCAGUAUAUUCUCAUUCACUCGAGAAAAAUACAUUGAAAAUGUAUAUUUCUGCGAGUGGGGGAGUAUGAUUAGUGUUUGCAGAGAGGAGUUUCUCUACAACUGCACUUUUUGACAUCCAAUUGUUUAAGUCUUACAGAAGCAUAGGGAUUUAAGUUGCCACCGCACUUUGACUUUACUUAUUUAAUUUGUUUCUUAUCAGACAAGGUGAUUGUAAAAUGGAAAAGCUUUGUUUUGGCCAGCAAACUCAGUACGUUUUGAUCUUCUUUUAAAAAUAAAAACGUUAUCAUUAUCUGCAGAUUUGUUUCCAACAUUAAAUGUCAUGAUAAACCUUAUUAUUGUACUUCCCUUACAGUUGGGUGUAUAUUAGAGAACUGCUAUGUUGUUCUGUGGUCUCCUCUCAUCCUCCUAAAAGUCUUACAAAUAAGUUGAAAAAGAAUCCGACUUAUAGACCAAGCUAACCAGAUUGUUAUAUAAAUGUGUUGUGACUGACAUUCAGAGAUUCCCGCUGUCCUUGCAGCGCUUAUUACAGCAUAAAGGUUACAGAGCGCAGAAAUGAUAUUCAUUUCCACUUUAUGACCAAUAUAAAUAGCACUGUAAAGAUGAAGUGGGAUAUGCUAUGUAAUUUGCUUCGCAUGUGAUGGUUCUGACAUUGUGUGCUUAUAUUGGAUGUAAGAAAUGCAAGGUCAUCACUUGCAAUUAAAGUUGUUUUGUAAAACAAAUGGUUGUUAAUGGUUAAAGUGUAUUAAUAUUAAGUUGGACUUGUUCAAGAGUAUGAGGAUAAUACUUUAUUGUUGAAUCGAGUGUGUAUUCUUUUUUCUUGCAACACAGUAUUUCCAUUCGCAACAUCAACAAAGACUGUAAAAACAAUAAUGCAUACAUUUUAUAACAUAACAAUUAAGACCCGUCAACAUACACUUGUUAAAGGAUUCAUCUCCAUAUUUAAUUUUAGGAUUGACUGGUGCAUAAAAGAGUGUUUCAGUUGAACUUUGUUAAAUUGUGGGAUUCUGCAUUACCAAAUACACGGUAAUUGUUUUUUAUUUAGCCUACUAUUCAUUGAAUAGUAUAGGCUAAAUAGAACCAUGUCCUGAAUACUAUCAGGACAUGGUUCUAAGACAUUUUAAAUUAAUAUUCUAUCACAUACUAUACUAUGAUUUGCAUUGCAUAAUAU